AUGAAGAUUGAAAAACAGAAAACUUCAUUACCUGUAAAAAAUUAUGACAUUACAACUAUUAAAAGAAAAUUUAAACUUUAUAAGCAACAAAGACAAAAGACCCAGAAACAAUAUCGAGAACAGUUAGAACCACUAGUAAAUCCUAUCCAAGAAUUAUUUUCUAAGGCAAAACCUCCAAUUAUCAAAAAGGAAUUAAAAGUUGAAAGCCCCAGCACCCCCCAAUCAAAAUACUCCAAGAUUUUUCCAAAUUUAAGUACUCAAAUCGAAAGUCAUGAAUUUGAACCUGUUAUUGAACCUGAUUUAAAUGAAAUUUCCACCUUCAAUGAGUUACCAAACUUGUAUUUAAACAAGUUUCAUCCUUCAAUUAGAGAAUAUAUAGAAGGAAAAAUUAGUGAUACCGAAAAUGCUUAUGACAAUACAUUUGGUGUUUAUUUUAGCCCCGAAUUUCGUGAUUGGGCUAUUGGUGACUCACCUAUAAUAUUCAAAGAGAGUGGUAACGUAGAAGUCAAAGAAAAAGAAUACGAGGGAACUAAAGGUCUUUACGAAUUACUUUUUAAGCAAAAUCCUAUAGAAUUUACACCACAGGAUUUAAAUACUUAUAUAAAUAUUAUUAAAAAGAGCAAUGCACAGUUUUUGGGCUAUGAUCCAUCAAGGGGUUUAUCGACUUCAAAUGCUAAAAAGUUUGUAGAAAUUAUUAAACCUAUUAUUAAAAAAAAAACACAUGAAAAACAGCAGUCAACAAUUCUGGAAACACCGAAACGUAAUUUAAGAAGUAAAACUUCUAAAACAAACCUCAUGGAAAAACAUGGAGAAGGUGAUGAUGGUUUCUAUCGACUAGAUAAUAAUACUAGUAAAUAUAAAAUACCAAUUACCGGUAAAGUUGAAAACAUUCAAUGUUAUCCAACCAACCUUAAUGUUUUAUAUAAAACAGAAAGCGAUAAUAUAGAAAAGAUAUUAAAUUCAAAUAUUAUAAAUAAGGGUGACAUACUUCAAUUUUAUAUAAAUUCUACUUCAGAUGAACUUUUUGUUGAAUUUAUAAUUCAAUGUCCUUUGGAAAAAGAUAAAGAAGAUUCCUGUUUUUAA